ACUACGCUAUCUUGAACGCGGCGCAUCAGCGAGAUCGGGGCUCUGUCGCCGUCGUUGCUAGGAGAGCGGACCAAUAAUUCAGGGACGACAUGCCUAGGGACAGUAACGAAGACCCACUUGGAGGGGCAAUGUUUGCUGGGAGAAAUUGGGCCUUGGGAAUUGGGCCGUCACCCGUCGCUGCCUUUCUCUCAUAAACUUGUCAGCGGAAGGGACAUCACUCCGCGCCGCUUUUCCCAGGCAUUCAGCCUCCUUCACUUAUCUCCCCCUUGACCGGCACUUGUUUUCCGUUGCUGCGUAAGGCAAAGCAUUGCGCCCAAGUGGCUGAGAUUUGAUAGCUCCUAUUCUCUCCUUUGUGGCGCCGUUGUGAAAUGCGAAAGAGGAGGUGCAAGUGGCGACCAUCUCCAACGGCGAAAGCUAAUUGAGGACCUCAGACCACCAUGACUCACUUCAAUGGGCGAGUGAAGCGGUCGAGACAUUGGGCGAAGAGACGGUCGCCGCAGGAACUGGCAGACAUCUUUGCCAAGGCGGUGGACACGGCCGACACUGUCAAGCCCUACAACAUCGUUGCCGCGCUUCCGUCUUCUUCACCGCCCGCGUCCUCGGGCACCCCAGUCGACCAUCAACCUGUAGCAGCUGUACACAAUGAAGGACCCACCUCGCAUCCCUUGCUUGUACACUCACCUUCUCCCCCUACUCCGCACCAGCAACCGCUUCCUGAGCACGGAGGGAUGCAAGACUUUCUGCGGGCUCUGGGCCAAGACCGUGCAAAGACUGCCCGACAUGCCCAGUACCACUGGUACUUUAUCAUCGCCGCGCUGUCCCUCUUUGUGGUCUGCCGGCUCAUUGCCAAGGUUGAUGCAAAGCUAGCGAGAAAGAGGUGUCGGGGAAGAGCGAGCUCAUUCACACUCGGCAGGAGUACCUUUAUCAUUGAUGACGAAGAGACAAGCAAACCAGCAUUGUACGAAAGGCUGUUCCGCGCCGCCGUAGCCUUCAUCAGAAAGUACUUUGCGAUGGUCGACGUUCUCUUCCUCCGUUUGACCCUGGCCGAGCUUAUCAUCGUUGCCGUUUACAUUUCGGCCAUGUUCAUCCUUGUUUCUGUCGAUAACACAAAUAUACCCGCUGGCAAUGUCCUCCCGUUUACUGUGCAUGGCAUCGGCAAUCGAGCAUCGAAGCUCGCACUUUCGAGCCUGCCUCUCCAGAUUGCCCUCGCGUCCAAGAACAACAUCAUCACUUUUCUUACUGGUGUGCCGUUUGACCGACUCAUUUUCCUGCACCGAUGGGUAGGACGCAUGACGAUUAUCCUCGCCAUCAUGCACUCAUGGACCAAGCUUCGUGAAGACCACACAUUUCAUUCGGCGACCGACUUUCGCGUGUAUGGCGUCGCGGCAUUCACAAUGGCGCUCUGCAUCCUCUUGACAGCGCACCGAUGGUCAAUGAUCCUCGCUUAUGAGGUCUUUACCACAUUGCACGUUCUCUUCGUUGUCUCGUUUAUCGGCCUCGUCUGGGCGCACCGACCGAGUCAGCGAAACUGGCUCAUCGCUUCGCUCUGUCUCUGGGGCUCUGAUCGCAUGUUCCGCCUUCUUCGAAUCGUGAUCAAUAAUGGCCUCUGGCGGCUGACGUCCAACAGCAAACGUAGAGUUCCGGCCAGCACUGCCACUGUGCGCCCGCUGUCCAACGACACGGUUCGUGUCGAAGUCUUCCAGCCAGACUUUCCCAGCUGGACACCCGGCUCAUAUGCCUACCUCUCUACGCCGGCGCUCUCGUGGUUGUCCCAGGCUCAUCCUUUCACGAUAGCGUCUUGUCCACCGCAAGAUAAAAGUGUCUACGCAAGACAAGCAGGCAAGAGGAGGAAUUGCGGAGCAUUUUCGCAGUCAGGCUUGAGCGAGGGCGGAGCGUCGGACAAGGAUGAGUUUGGCAUGUACGACUUAGACGGGUCCAAGGACGGACACGCAAUGUCCAUCUCGACGGAACAUGGCCAGGCGUCCAUACGACCUCCAAGACCAAAUUUGAUCUUCAUCAUUCGAGCUAGGGGAGGCUGGACGAGAAGACUGCUGGAGCUGGCUUUGCGCGGCGGGAAGCCCUCGAUUCCUCUCCUCGUUGAUGGACCGUACCCUUCAUUGACCCCUCUUCAUCGGUACUAUGACACCGUUGUCCUCUUCGCUGGUGGAGCCGGAGUAUCCUGGACCCUGCCGAUCCUGAUGGACCUCAUCAUCAAGGUAAGGCGAGGCGAAGCGCUCGUCCGCAGCAUCAUCUGGGUCUGGACAAUACGUCACUACGUCAACUACGAAUGGUUCUACUCUGAGCUGGAACGAAUAGCACCUCUCGCAGCGAAUCUCGUGGAUCUCAGGGUGCACUACACGACCAACACGGCCUUCGAGCCUGGCCCAACUGGUCAGCCGCCGUUCUUCAGAGCGGGAAGACCAGAUAUCGCAGACAUUAUCCAUACCGCCGUCUUCCGUGCUAGUGGUCGGAUCUUUGUAGGAGUUUCCGGCCCUGCUGCUCCGGCCGACGAAGUCCGGCGAGUGACAAGAGCCCUGACGAGCCCGAGAGCCAUCCUCCGCGGCGACGCAAAGGGUGACAUUCACUUCCAUCGAGAGCUCUUUGGAUGGUAG